AAAACUCGGCGCCCACACUCUUCUGAGCUGAAAAUUUCAACGCAUUCUUCUUCUACUCUCCCUCCAAUAUACUAUAUAAUAUUUCCCGUUCCAAUCUUGGAAAUUGAAAAGAAAAAAGAAAAAACAGAGAGACCCAGAAAUGGCGUCGUGGCUGAGCUCAAGAGACGUAUCUGGAUUCAAAUUCAUCUUCUUUCUAGCCAUUAUCUACACUAUCAUAUCGCUUAUUGUUCACUCCGUACUUCACAUGAAAUUCAUUACGCCCCUCUCGAUCGACGCCCCCCCCGAUCGCUUCUCCGAGGCCAGAGCCAUCCACCAUAUUGCAGUUCUAACCAAAGACGAUCGUCAAGAAGGGCGUCCUGGAUUAAGAAAAGCCGCAACGUAUAUUAAAGAGCAGUUAGAAAUGCUGAAGGAGAGAGCUGAAUCCAAUAUCAGGAUUGAGGUUGAGGAGACCACUGUUAAUGGUUCCUUCAAUAUGAUAUUUCUAGGCCACAGCAUAUCUUUUGCUUAUAGAGACCAUAUAAAUAUCGUUGCCAGAAUCAUCGGGGAACGGGAUGUGUUUUUUCCCUUGCUUACUGGGACCUCUAUUUUUAUAUGGAACUCCCCUGAAAGCAUGAUCAAAGAUUUCACUUGGAGGAUAUCAUCAGCUGAUUUGCAAGAAACUGACCCAUCUGUAUUAAUUAAUGGCCAUUUUGAUAGUCCUCUCGGUUCACCAGGAGCUGGUGAUUGUGGUUCAUGCGUUGCAUCAAUGCUGGAAUUAGCUAGAGUUACGGUAGAAUCUGGAUGGAUCCCCCCCCGUCCAAUUAUUUUUCUUUUUAAUGGCGCAGAAGAACUUUUUAUGCUGGGUUCACAUGGCUUCAUGACGACACAUAAAUGGCGUGAUUCAGUUGGAGCUUCUAUAAACUUGGAAGCAUCUGGGACUGCUGGUCCUGAUUUAGUCUGCCAAUCUGGACCUGGGUCUUGGCCUUCUCAAGUAUAUGCAGAGUCUGCAGUAUAUCCCAUGGCACAUAGUGCUGCUCAGGACAUCUUUCCUGUGAUUCCUGGAGAUACAGAUUACAGAAUAUUUUCCCAAGAUCAUGGAAACAUUCCAAGCCUUGAUAUCAUCUUUCUUCUUGGUGGUUAUUACUACCAUACAUCCUUUGAUACAUUGGACAAAUUACUACCUGGGAGCAUUCAAGCUCGUGGAGAAAAUUUGCUUAGCAUACUCAAAGCUUUCACAAAUUCUUCCAAGCUACAAAGUGCUCGAGAAAGAGAAUCUAAAGCCACAACCAAUGACUACAAGGAUGAGAGGGCUGUUUUCUUUGAUUACUUAUCAUGGUUCCUUAUUUUCUAUUCAAGAAGGGUAGCUGUGGUACUCCAUAGUAUUCCCAUCGCCAUCUUUUUUGUAAUGCCAUUCCUUUUGCAUUUUUGGGAUUCUAGGUCACGUUCAUGUUUUGCAAUCUUCUAUGAUUUUGUGAAAGGACUGCUUUUCCAUGCUGCCGGGAUUAUACUGGCAAUUAUUUUCCCGAUUAUCCUUUCUAUUUUGCAACUGUUCUUCUCUAGUUAUGCUUUGGGCUGGUUUGCACAUCCAUACCUGGCAUUCUUGAUGUUCAUCCCCUGCUCACUUGUUGGUUUGCUAAUUCCAAGAACUGUUUGGGGUUGUUUCCCCCUCUCUCAAGAUGUUUCAGUUAUCAAGAAAUCAGAGGAGGCACUAGCUGAAGAAGCAAGAUUUUGGGGAGCAUUUGGAUUUUAUGCUUGCUUAACUUCAGCUUAUCUUGUAGCUGGGCUCAGUGGAGGGUUUUUGACGUUUUCUGUGUCUGCAUCUAUGCUUCCAGCAUGGAUCUUCUUUUCCCUAUCUAUCAAGUCCAGUGAUCAUCAAUCACCAAGGUCAGCAGUUUUUUAUGUAAUACCUCUAAUUCCAUGUCUUGCAUACUCGGUAUAUUUUGGGGGGUUUCUUACCCAAUUUUUGAUUGAGAAGAUGGGCAUGAUGGGUGUCGUCCCACCUCCCUAUGGCUAUUAUGUUCCUGAUGUUGUAGUGGCAGCAUCAGUUGGGGUUGUAACUGGUUGGUGUGUGGGCCCACUAAUACCUGUUUGUAGUCAUUGGUUAGCUCGGUCUUCGAUCUUGCAGCUCCUGUCGCAUAUUAGUGUACUUGCUCUGGCUCUCUCAUCUCAAUUUUUUCCAUACAGCAAUGCCGCACCAAAGAGGGUUGUUUUUCAGCAUACACUUGCUACUACAGAUGUAAAUAGGAUUGUGGACUCCAGCUAUGAAUUUUCUGUUGUAGAUUCCAAUUCUUUAUUGUUUCUUUUCAAAUAUGCUCCUGAAGUGGCAAAGGAAUUGCAUAUUGGCCAAGAGUUAUCUUUUGAAACUGCUAAUAUGUCUCACCGAGAGACUUGGAUGGGAAUUUUUCCAGUGCCCUUCUUGUUUUCUCAAAGCUUAAAGUUCCCAGCAAGGAGUGAUGGCAUUUUGAAACGCUAUAGAUAUUUCCCCCACUUAUCUAAUUACAAGCCACAUAGCGUUUCCAGCGACAAAUCUCGGAGAGUUUACUUGGAAUUUUAUUUGGGUGACUUGGAGGAGGUUUGGGUAGCAGUCCUUAACAUAACCGGUCCUUUAUCAAGCUGGUCAUUUGCAGACAAUUUGCUUUCAGUUCCUGAGACAAUUGAUGGCGGUCCACCAUCCUACAUAAUAAGACUUAGUGGAAACAGCCAACGAAAUUGGACUUUCUGGUUAGAGGCUAGCAGUUCUGAUGAUUUAAGGGUGGAAGUUGCUGUGGUAGACCAAGUUUUAGACGAUGAAGCAAGGAGGUUGAAGGGCCUUUUCCCAGACUGGGCUGAUGUCAUUGCCUAUUCUUCCUUCAUGUCCAGCUACAUUUUCUGACUGCCAAUGCAUAAACUUGCCCAAACAUUGGCUUGAAAAUUAUUUAGACCCAGAUGAGACUCAUGGGAAAUGUAAUUCAGUUUGCAUACUUUUUUGAAGCUUAAUUUAAAUUGUUUCAUUGUUCAGUUUUG